AUGCAUUGCCUGAAAAGUCUGAGGACAGCUAACCCGGGAAUCUUGCAGGUAUUUAAAAAUGCAGGGGUCUCCGCCAGAGCUGGAGCUGACAACAUUGUUUUGUCCAGGACGCAGCAACCUGUUCUUGUGCCCUGCUGGGCCGCAGCAUCACCCCACACCCACAGAGCCUUUCAUCACCAGAAGGGCCCUGAUGUGGACCAAGGACACGCAAAAAGUAGGUUGAUGUCCAGUAUGGAGGACCUACUUUUCUACACCAUCACUGAGGGCAAAGACAUGAUCCCUCUCUCCCAGUUCAUCUCCGCUCUGAGAAAAACAGGUUUGUUGACGUCUGACCCUCGGCUGCGUGACUGUGUCCAUCAGAUGCGACAAUCCACACGUGACUCUGUCGGGCCAGUCAUGAUGGACAAGACGCUGUUCAGAAGGUGUGUGGGAAACAACAUCAUGCUGCUAACGAAGGCUUUCAAAAAAAAGUUCAUCAUCCCAAACUUUGCCAAGUUCACCCAGCAGAUCAAUGACAUGUAUGACAGUGCGCAACAGCAGGAGGCAGGACAAGUAGCUGAUUACAUUCCCCAGCUGGCUAAGUUCAGCCCUGAUCUCUGGGGUGUAUCUCUGUGCACAAUUGAUGGACAGAGACACUCUGUGGGUGACACAAAGGUUCCCUUCUGUCUGCAGUCGUGUGUAAAGCCUCUGGAGUACGCCAUCGCCGUGCACAACCUCGGCAGCGAGAUCGCUCACCAGUUUGUGGGCAAAGAGCCCAGUGGAUUCAAGUUCAACAAACUGUCACUAAAUGAGGAAGAUAAACCACACAACCCAAUGGUGAAUGCCGGAGCUAUCGUCAUCAGUUCUUUAAUUAAGCCUCAUUCAAAUAAAGCAGAGAGGUUUGACUAUGUGAUGGAUUUCUUGAAAAGCAUGGCUGGUACAGAGUAUGUGGGCUUCAGCAAUGCAACUUUCCAGUCAGAGAGGGAAACCGGUGAUAGGAAUUAUGCAAUUGGUUAUUACCUCAAGGAGAAAAAAUGUUUUCCUGAAAAUGCAGAUAUGAUGGCCGCCCUUGACUUCUACUUUCAAUUGUGCUCCAUUGAGGUGACCUGUGAGUCAGGAAGUGUCAUGGCUGCCACACUGGCCAACGGAGGUAUUUGUCCAAUCACAGGUGAGCGCGUGCUGAGUGCUGAAGCCGUACGCAACACCCUGAGUCUCAUGCAUUCCUGUGGCAUGUACGACUUCUCCGGACAGUUUGCCUUCCAUGUGGGCUUGCCUGCUAAAUCUGGAGUUUCAGGUGCUGUUCUGCUGGUGGUCCCCAACGUCAUGGGUAUGAUGUGUUGGUCUCCACCUUUAGAUCGGCUUGGGAACAGUGUUCGUGGCAUUCACUUCUGUCAGGACCUGGUGUCUCACUUCAACUUCCACAAUUAUGACAACCUGAGACACUUCACUAAGAAACACGACCCCAGAAGAAGAUCAGAUGAUGAUCCAAACAAGUCAGUGGUAAAACUGAUGUUUGCAGCCUACAGUGGUGACGUCUCUUCUCUGAGGAGGUUUGCUCUUUCAGCCGUAGACAUGGAGCAGACAGACUACGACUCUCGCACAGCGCUCCACAUCGCUGCUGCAGAAGGUCACGUGGAAGCUGUUAUCUUCCUAACUGAAAUAUGUAAAGUGAAUCCCCACAUGAAAGACAGAUGGGGGAACACACCCAUAGAUGACGCCAUGCAGUUUGGCCAUGAUGUUGUUGUUUCAGUCCUGCAAGAGUACCUGGGUGUGUACACUGACGCAGACUCACCGGGCGACACAGAGGAGCAGAAGACCACGCUGGACACGGUGAAGAGCAUCGUUUAAACCACGGGGGAUCAUGAGGGCUUGAAAAUGUAUUUUAUUGUACACCUGAGAGGACUGAAAGGACACAGGAUGAUUGAGAGACAUGAUGAAUGAAUGGGUUUUCUUUAAUAUGAUAAUGAACUAUAUAUAAUGUGGGGAACAUCCUUUAGACUGUUGAAAAGCUAUACAGUGCAUGGUUAAGUCCCUUUGCAAUGCAUUUCAUUAAAAUUCAUGUUGCUUUUCAACAAUAUAAAGUAUCAACAAAGCACUAUAUAAAUAGACGAUGUGUUGCUUGUGUGGAGAAAAAUUAUAAUUUAAGCCUUGAGUUGCAAUUUUAAUGAAUGUUUUUUGUGCUUAUGUUAUGACAGAAAAUACCAAAGAGAUGUAAAUAUAUAUAUAAUAUAUUGUGCUUAUUUAUUUUUUAAAUGCUGAAAUAUAUUUAGCUUCAUCAGUAUGCCAUUUAAUCAGGGGAUUUUAUGCAUCCUGUGUAAUAACUGUAUAAAUAUUCUCAAAGCUGCUUCAUUCAUUAUUCUACCUCAACAGGAGGUGAUGGAGUUGCAUAACACUGAAAAGACUGUUUCAUUGUAGUUUUUGCCAAUUCACUGAGACUCAUGGUCCAGUUUAUUCACUGCUAACUUCUGUUGGUCAUUUUCUUUUUUCUUUUUGGAAGAAUUACUCUUGCGUUAUUAGAGUGAGCUCUACUAGUGGUGGUUACUAGUGUAUCACAGAAAACAUCUGCAUGUCUCAGGCGCUGGGAACAGUGCACAGUUGGGUUACUCUAACACUAAAUAUAUAAUUACAUUUAUGCAAAUGACUGUUGCAAACUAGACAUACAUUUGUUUGAAGUGAUACUUUUUGACAUGAAGAAAAUUAAAGCUUUUGCUCGUUAGUAUGCAGUGUACUGAGAAACUCAACCACCAUUUUUCUUCAUCUUAAGUGAAAUGAUUCCUCAGGUCUACUCAAGCUUUUGUCUGUGACUGUAAAUAUACAUCAUCCUGCUGUAAAUAACAAAGAAAUUAAAGCAAUUUCAGUGAA